GGAAAGGUCAGAGACGGAACACCAUCCGGUUCGUGUUUACAAAACAAAGACCGGCUCGCGCAGAAUCGCUGUUUUAGACCAACAAUCGUGGAAAAAGCGUCUAAUCUGAGAUCUGCAGAUGUAACGCAUGGCGUCCUUCAAUGGAAAGCCAGCGCGUGAACCUCGGGCCAGGGCUCCACCGGUGGACAGCGAGGACAGCUGUCUCAGUGAUAGUGGGGACAGUGAUGAGGAACCCACUCCUAAACCAGGCGGUAAAAUCAGCAGCAGCAGUGUGUGGUUUGGUGAAGGAAGCAGCAGUGAUGAAGACACUGAGAAGACUCCUCUGUGCACCAGAGCUGCAGCUGCAGGAGGGAAACCAGCAGCUCCUCUCAAAAGGAAGAAUGUAGUCUGGAAGACAGUGAAGCAGCAGAACUCUGAUAAAAAGGUUCCAGUUUGGGUAAAUUCUCUUCCUGAUGGGGAGUCGGUCAGAUCGCCCAUCGAAUACUUCCGGCACUUUUUUGAUGAACAGCUUUUGGACAGUAUUGUUGAACAAAGCAACGUGUACUGCAGACAGCAAAACCCAAACCAUGACCUCCGAUUGGAUCAGACUUCGCUGGAGCAGUUCAUUGGUACUGCGGUCUACAUGAGUUUCUUUCAUUUACCCCAGUCAAGGAUGUACUGGUCCAGUGCGUGUCGAGUCCAGCAGGUGGCAGAUGUCCUGUCUCGAGACCGCUGGGAAGAAAUCAAACAGUUUAUACAUUUCAGUGACAACACGGCUCCCAACGACGACAGGCUUUUCAAAAUCCGGUUGAUUGUUGACUCGCUUCUCCCCAAAUUUCAGGCCCUCCCUCAAGACCAAAUGCUGUGCGUUCAUGAGCAAACGGUCCCGAUCCCAGACAGAUCGGCCCUAAAACAGCAGUGCAAAUGGGCGUACAAAAUAUUUGUGCUGUGCAACACAAAAGGUCUGGUGCAUUCGUUUGAUAUUUACACCGGGAACACGGAUCCUGCACCAGACCAGCCAGACAUUGGAGCCGGUGGAAACAUUGUUCUAAAGCUCGCUCAAGCUAUACAAGAUCACGUCAACCACCUGCUGUAUUUUGAUGAGCAGUUUUCCUCCUUGGAUCUGUUUGUUGCUCUGGAAAAAAGGGGGAUACCCGCCCUUGGGACGGUGCAGCAGGCCGCUCUGCCGGGGUGCAGUUUCAGCACGGACUCGGAGAUGAAGAAGAAGGGAAGGGGGGCGUUUGAAGAGCAGCAGGCUGAGGUGGAGAACGUGGACAUCAGAGCAGUCAAAUGGUUUGACAGCAGAGCCGUGAUUGUUGCCAGCACUUUUGCCGGCGCCCAGCCCGUCUCCACCAAACAAAGAUGGGAUAGAAAGCUAAAGAGGAACGUGUCUGUGGAACACCCGAGCAUCAUCAGCCUGUACAAGAAGUUCAAGGGUGGUGUCGAUGCUCUGGAUGCACUGAUUAACCACUACCCCAUCCACAUCAGGUCCAAGAAAUAUUACCACCGGCUGUUCUUUCACUUUGUGGACAUGGUGAUCGUGAACAGCUGGUUGUUGUACCGGCGGGAUUGUGAGUCUCUGGGCCUCCACAGUAAGAAGCAGAUGGACUUACUGGCCUUCAGGUCGUCCAUCGCACAGGCCCUCUGCAUGGAAGGGAAGAACCUGAUGGAGAAGAGGAGGGGUUGGCCUUCACCGGACGUUGAGCUGGAGUUCCAGAAGAAGAAACGGCGAGGUCCAGCCAAGGCCAUUCCUGCACAGGAAGUCCGCACUGAUGCAGUGGGUCACUGGCCAGUGGUGGAAAACGGACGCCAGCGCUGCAAAUUUCCACAGUGCAAAGGCCAGACAGUUAUUAAAUGUGGAAAGUGUAACAUUCAUCUGUGCCUCAAAAGAAACAGCAACUGCUUUUUGGAAUUUCAUAUCUAGACUGAAGCACUGUUUGUUUCCCAUAGAUUCCUGGUAUCACAAGUUUGCAUUAUGCCUAAAAUUACGUCCAUUUCAUAUCAAAUAAACUAUCUUAACUUAAUUUAGCAUCUGUUUAAAUGUAAAUACUUAAAUACUUUACCAUAAUUGAAAGUAAAUUCAGCCAUCAGUUUAAAAAGAUCAUUACUGCAGCCUCAGUUUUGUCUCUUUGCUUUUUUAGGAUUUGGGGUUUGGUGUUGGUCAUCUGGUUUUCAAAGGUCGGGUUCUAAAUCCUUUGAGUUCCUGUCAACAUGUCUACUGUUUUUUGGGGAUUUUCCAACAAAGGCAUGCUUUUUAUUUUUUUUAUUUUAGGAAACUGGAUGUUUCUCUGGAACAGCAGCUGAAGACCCAGAACUUGUGAUGCGGCGUUCUGUAUUGAGGCUUGGAGGCGUGUCGGGUUACCUAGACAUGCCCAAAGAAGCUUGCUUUAUUUAGGGGACGAGCCAAAAAUGAAGCUUCGCUGCCAGGUUGAACCACGUGACUGAUUCAAGAAGUGGUUUGGAUUUUGCUGACAGUUUUCAGAGCGAUGUGAAACCCUCAGGCUUCAUUAAAAUGUGGACGUUU